AAGCCGAGUUGCCCAAGUUUGCCCAAGGUUUGCGCAGAGGGAGGAGGUCACGUCUUCCUCAAGAUUUGUAGAGCUCGAUAAGCGUCCGCCGUCGCCGUUCCGCCGCUCCGAUCGCUGUCACCGGCGGUGCCCUCGUUGCCGUCGUUGCUGUCGCAUCGGGGCAAUUGUGCCAGAGGCACUGCAGGCCUGUUCCCGCGCAGUGCCCGCACUUGGACCAUAGCCAUUUGGUUGACGGGCUUCAGGUUGGCCUCAGAUCCCGACAUCCGGCGGACGCCAGCCGCCGUCGCCGGCUGGCGCGCGAACGCGCGCCCAUGGCGGAUAGCGGCGAGCGACGCCUCGGAGACGGCGGCAGCACGCGAGUGUACCCGGGGACCGUUGCGGCGCAGGUGGACAACGACGAGCCCGUGAUUUGGGGGCGGGGCGCACAGAGUGCGCGGAGGGGCCGACCGCCCAGCCUGCCGCCGUUGCCCUUGCCGCGGCCUUUGGAGAGCGACCCAGGCACGCCAGUGUUCGGAACUCCAUCGAAGGAUUUGCCAGCGGCGCCCAUGGAGUCCCCUAGGGACAUCGAGGGCAAGAUAGGAGCCAACAAGAUAUCGAGCGGCGAAAGGAGAGUCCUUGGCAGUCCGCCACGAUCACCCAGGCCAGGCGCUGACUGGGAGGACCUGCGCCUCGCAGUGCGGGAGGAGAUGCAGGUGCUGCUGCAGGUAAACCGGGAGCUGAUCGCCCAACAGCACAGGGAGCAGCUGCGGGACUUCGAACAGAGGUUGCGCGGGUGCCAGACCUUCGCGCCGAAAGCCACGGACGCCGCCUUCGCGCAGCUGAGCCCCGUGUCGGCGAUGACGAACGCGCAAACGCUGGCAGCCGGCGACGACGACAACGGGCGAGACAGACAAGCUGGCCUGGGCUCUCGUCGACCGGCAGAGGGCAAGCAAGAGGUUGGGAUGGAGGUGUUUUCCGACUGGCUGGACUACAACGAAAAGGAGGCUGAGUUUCUCGCUGGGGUGGGUCCUCUCGCGCUCAAGAUCGAGAAGACGUACGAAGCAUUCGAGGACAAGUACGCGACCCUGCCUGAGAAGAGAGGAUUGUUCGCUAGGGUUGUUCAUAGUAAAUCCUUCGAGGUCAUGAGUGGCUGUGUAAUCUUGCUGAACACCAUAUACAUCAGUACUGGAACCAAUGCCACCAUGGAGAAAGCGAUCAAAGGAGAAAGUGACACGCGGAUCGACUUUGGCGAGGCGGCAUUCCUCGCAUGGUUCACAAUCGAGUUGAUCUUGAAGUUAGCGGCGCAAGGGAUGUAUUUUUUCACCGCUAAACCAGAUGUGCUGUGGAAUUAUUUCGACACACUCCUAUGGGCCCUGUCCGCGUUUCUCCUGGCGUUUAGCGCCUCCGGAUUCAACGUGUCCUUCUUGCGAGUGUUGCGUUGUCUCAAGCUUGUAAGGAUCAUCCGCACGCUUCAUUUUCUUGAGUUCACGAAAGAGUUGAGAACAAUGAUGGAGUCAACGGUCCAGUCUGCGCCGACUCUCCUUUGGUGUUUACUGAUAAUUUUCUUCUUCGUGCUGCUCUUCGCAAUUUUCUUUGUGCAGGCAUCGAGCACUACACUGCUCAGCGAGGACGGCGACCUGACUGAUGCCCAGCGUGGUGAUCUCAUCGCAAAUUUUGGAAGCGUGCAAACUGCAGUACUGUCUCUGCUGAUGGUGACCACUGGAGGGUUCGACUGGCAGGUUAUGUAUCAAACGUUAGUCCCCGCUGGAGACCACGCUGCCGCAGCCCUCUUAUUCUUCGUCUUAUUUUUUGAGAUCGCAGUCUGGAACGUGGUUACUUCGAUUUUUGUUGACAAAGCAUUACAGCUUGCAAAGCCUGACGCGGAGAAGGCCUUGCUUCAGAAGCGGAAGAUGGAAUUAAGAGACCGCCACAGUAUCAGGAGGAUGAUGGAGAAGUGCGAUGUCGAUGGGUCUGGUAGAAUGAGCCGGGAAGAGUUCAUACGUUUGAUGUCCCAUUCGGAUUUCCAGAGUUUCUUGGAGGACAGGGGCAUCGAGAUCAAGGAGGCGGUCACUUUCUUCAGCAUGGUUGCUGCCGCCAUCGGCACCGACGAGGUGGAUCUGGACGUGCUGGCUUCGUCCUGCCUGCGCAUCAGGGGCUUCGCCACUGGCAUCGAUCUCAACGUACUUCGGUAUGAGACAAGGAUGCGCUUCAACGGCAUCAGCGCCUCCAUCAUUGACCUGCGCCACACGGUGGACCGCCUCGCCAAGGCGAUGAGUUAAGCAGCGAUAGUCUUUCUAGACAUCAACGCGCGCUUUCCAGGAGCAUUGCCCGUGGGUGAUCCUGUAGUGGAUCUCUCACGACCCUCAUCAACGUUGACCUCCCCACAGAAGGCAUGUGCCGCCACUCCCCCACGUGGCGCAGGCGCCCUCUUCGUUGGGUGCCGUGGGGUUCUGCGGGCGCUGGUGGAGCCGGCCCUGAUGGUUUGAAUAACCAGUGAUGUUCCUAGCACUGUUGCAUUUCAACGUAGUGGUUUAAAUGACCCGUGAUGUUCCUAGCAUUGCUGCAUUUCAAAGUAGUUGCCGCAAUGUGAUUAAUGCCUCACUCUCUCUCUCUCUCUCUCUCACUCUCUCUCUCUCUUUCUCUCUCUCUCUCUCUCUCUCUCUCCGACUCCUCUACGAUUGUUUCCCUCCUCCUCCUCACCCCCCCCAUACUGAUUGUCUGCUCCUAGCUCGGAGGCCGCCCGAGUCUGCUCCAGCACUCCCCGCGCGCGGUGUGCCACGCUCCUUUGCAUGAUGGCAGCAGGCUUGUGGUCUAAGUGGUGCCAGGAGCAACGAAUCAGCAUCAGCAGAAGUGCCCGCCCUUAAGGACUCAUGGAUGGGUAUUGCAGCGGUGUUCGGUGUUCGGCGCUGCGGCCCCCGGGGGGGCUUAUUGUUCGCAAUCAUGCG